CAGGCGCAGCCUCCAAGAGUCCCGCCAGCGUCCCGGAGCCUGCGGUCGCUCCCGAGCCGACGCCCGCCCGGCAGCCGCUCACCAUGGGCCCGGGCCCCCGGCUGCUGUUACCUCUGGUGCUGUUCGUGGGGUUCGGCGCGCUCGCGUCUUCUUCUGGGGCCUCGGGCGUCCGCAAGCGAGGCCCGUCGGUGACGGCCAAGGUCUUCUUUGAUGUAAGGAUUGGAGACAAAGAUGUUGGCAGAAUUGUGAUUGGUCUCUUUGGGAAAGUUGUGCCCAAAACUGUGGACAAUUUUAUCGCCCUGGCAACAGGAGAGAAAGGAUAUGGAUAUAAAGGAAGCAAAUUCCAUCGUGUCAUCAAAGACUUCAUGAUUCAAGGAGGAGACUUCACCAAUGGAGACGGCACGGGCGGUAUAAGCAUUUAUGGCGAGACAUUUCCAGAUGAGAACUUCAGACUGAAACAUUAUGGCAUUGGGUGGGUCAGCAUGGCCAAUGCUGGGCCUGACACCAAUGGCUCUCAGUUCUUUAUCACCCUGACCAAGCCCACCUGGCUGGAUGGCAAACAUGUGGUAUUUGGAAGAGUCCUUGAUGGAAUGACAGUGGUCCACUCCAUAGAACUUCAGGCAACGGAUGGACAUGACCGCCCUCUCACCGACUGCACCAUCACCAACAGUGGCAAGAUAGAUGUGAAAACGCCCUUCGUGGUUGAGGUGGAUGACUGGUGACCCAGCUCUCAGCAAACAAGGAGCACUCCCUGACGAGGGGGGGUGUGGCUGUGUGUGUGUGUGCACGUGUGAGCAAAGUUACUUUGUGUGCGUGGUAGCUUUUUUUUGCCUUCUGUUUCCCACUCCAGAUCACAGGGUUGUUAUAAACACCAAUCACACCAAGUUUAGUUUGCAUGAAUUUUGGUAAGUCACUUGUUGAGGGACUUAACAUUCUUGUCCUCUAAUGGUGCUAUUUUUGAACUAGAAAACUUUGUGUGGGCUAUUGUGUUUUGAAGACCACCAUCAUUAUUUUGUGGAGUUCAUCAUGUUCUUCAAGUUGAAUGGUGCUGCAAGGAUUGUCUUAAAAUGAUGACCCCAUGAAGUUCAUUAUGUUGUAUUUAAACCGAAAUUCUUCUCAGGUAAAGGGAGAUUUGUUUACUAUCAUCGAUGUAUGUCAUAGGAACUUUUUACCUGAUAAAAGGUGCUUUGGUGUUCGUGACAUUAAAUACUUUUUCUAUGCAUCA